AAUGAAAAAUGGCUAACGGCUACUCAAUUGCACUUCAAUUUUCUUCUCUGCUUAUGUUUUCAGAUUACAACUGAUGGGAAGCCCAAGAUAAUUGAUAUAAUUGAUACAACUGGCAGCGGUGAUGUAACUACAUGUACUGUUGUAGAAGCUAAAGAUGGAGAAAUCAUUGGUCUCUCUGGAAGAACUUUAAAGAUUCCAGCAAACUGGGUAAAUCCUUCUGGCAAAUAUCAUAUUGGGAUAAAAAAUGGCUAUGACAUAUAUCCUAAAGCUCUCAAGGAGAGGAUUCAGAAAGAGCGCAAGGAGAAGCUCUGGGAUCCUCUUCACAGACUAGCUCUAGCAGAGGCCUGUAGGAAACAGGAAGAGUUUGAUGCUGCUCAUAGCUCUCCCUCCCAAGUAAAUAAGCUAAUAAAGGAGGAACUUCAAAAUCAAGUGGAACUGCUAAAUUCUUUUGAGAAAAAAUACAGUGAUCCUGGUCCAGUAUAUGAUUGUCUAGUAUGGUAUGAUGGUGAGACCUGGAGAGCCUGCAUAGAUACAAGUGAGAGUGGUGACUUAACUAGCUGUACAGUGUUGAGAACCUACAAAGAGGCUCAGGAAUAUGGAUCUUUUGGAACAUCUGAAAUGUUGAAUUACUCUGUUAAUAUAUAUGAUGAUGGAAACCUUCUUUCAAUUGUGACAAGUGGAGGAGCACAUGGAACACACGUGGCUAGUAUUGCAGCGGGAUACUUUCCUGAAGAGCCAGAGCGAAAUGGUGUGGCUCCCGGAGCUCAGAUUCUUGCAAUCAAGAUUGGUGAUACAAGACUAAGUACAAUGGAAACUGGCACUGGUUUAAUAAGAGCUAUGAUAGAAGCAAUAAAAUACAAAUGUGAUCUUGUCAACUAUAGCUAUGGAGAGGCAACACAUUGGCCAAAUUCUGGGAGAAUUUGUGAAGUAAUUAAUGAAGCAGUAUGGAAACACAACGUAAUCUAUGUUUCGAGUGCAGGAAAUAACGGCCCUUGCCUUUCUACGGUUGGAUGUCCUGGUGGCACUACAUCUAGUGUAAUAGGUGUUGGUGCCUAUGUGUCACCUGAUAUGAUGGUUGCUGAAUAUUCUUUGAGAGAAAAACUGCCAGCAAAUCAAUAUACUUGGUCAUCCAGGGGGCCAAGCACUGAUGGAGCCCUUGGAGUAAGUAUCAGUGCCCCAGGAGGUGCUAUUGCUUCUGUUCCAAACUGGACUCUGCGAGGAACACAACUCAUGAAUGGCACAUCCAUGUCUUCUCCCAAUGCAUGUGGAGGCAUUGCAUUAGUACUGUCAGGGCUCAAAGCUAACGAUAUUCAUUACACUGUUCAUUCUGUCAGAAGAGCCUUAGAAAAUACAGCAGUGAAAGCUGAAAAUAUAGAAGUAUUUGCACAAGGACAUGGUGUUAUUCAGGUUGAUAAAGCCUAUGACUACCUCGUUCAGAAUUCAUCAUUCACAAGUAACAUAGGCUUUACUAUUACUGUUGGAAGCAAUCGUGGCAUCUACCUCAGAGACCCUGCCCAGAUAUAUGCACCUUCUGAUCAUGGGGUUGGCAUAGAGCCUGUCUUUCCUGAGAAUACAGGUAGGAAAGCUUCUUUUGUAUGA